UUUCCAAGACAGAUGCAUUGACAGGACCCCUAGCCAAAUCAGGCUGUAGGAGGUGUGCUCAAGCCGUUAUAACUUGUCAUUAUUCUGUUUCAGCGAUUUUGCUUUAACUUUACUUAACAAUGCUUACGGUUCUGUUAAACAGUCAAGAAUAUUGAGGUCAUUUUCGAGGGCUACAGGUGGAGGCCUAAAGUCUGUGACUCGGGGUCAUUAUCAACCAAUUCAGUCACUACUAAAAUCCAUCAUGGCUACUACUGAGAAUGCAGAGACAGGUUCACCAGAACACAAAGGAGACUAUCAUGGGGGUGCCGACCCAGACACAAAGUACCCAAUGAAAGUCCAGUACUGUGGAGUAUGCUCCUUGCCAACAGAGUACUGUGAGUAUAUGCCAGAGCCAGCCAAAUGCAGGCAGUGGCUAGAGAAGAACUUCCCUGAUGUCUUUGCCAGAAUGAGUGUUGGUCCCGUAGGAAAUACUCCCAAGCAGGACACCGGCGGUGGAGAGGCGCCCCCUGUUGGGGAGGAGGAGGAGAAGAAGAAGCAGAAGAGAGGUGGCCGAGGACAGAUCAAACAGAAAAAGAAGACUGUUCCUCAGAAGAUAACGAUAGCUAAAAUCCCCCGUGCCAAGAAGAAAUACGUCACACGGGUCUGUGGUAUGAACACCUUUGACAUUGACCUUAAAGAGGCUCAGAGAUUCUUUGCCCAGAAGUUCUCCUGCGGGGCCUCAGUGACAGCGGAGGAUGAAAUAAUCAUUCAGGGAGAUUUUACAGAUGACAUCAUCGAUGUCAUUCAGGAGAAGUGGCCCGAGGUGGAUGACGACAGCAUUGAUGAUCUUGGCGAAGUUAAAAAGUGAAGACCCAACGUGCACUUUUACUGAAAAUGGAUGCGACAUGUAACAAUAACCUGGCCAAAUGUACACAUCAACAUUAAAAAGGAUUCGUUUUAUAUCUAUUUUAUUUACUGUAUAGAAACUGUGGACUUGGCCACCCCCCUUGGCAUUUUUCAGUUCUUGAUAGCUGCUCUCUCUUGGUUGCCAAAGGUCUGGUCCAAUGAUGUGAAUCCUUCCAUAACACUUCCCUCAGAAAACAUGUAGGUUAAUAAAUUUCGGUCCCAUUCGCUUGUUCA